GAUGUUGCAUUUUGAUGCAUCGGUUUUUUAUUCAGAUUGGAUUAAAUUAUCAAUGCUAUGCCUGCAAGUUCUUCUGACAAUAUCUACCAAAUUGAGGAGACUUUAAAGUCGUCCCUUUCUGGAGGUGGAGAUUUAGAUAGUGAUAUUACUUCAUCAUCUAAAAGGAUUCUACUGACCCAGAUUGUAUUCAAACCUGCUGAGAAACCAUAUUCAUUGCAAAUUGAUUCCUUAAGAAAGAAGUACAUCCCCUUAAACCCUUCUCAGAACAAUCAAGAUCGUGGAGAUGCUGAGCAUAAUAAAGAACGUAAAAUGAAUGGUUCCGGAGAUGUUGAAGAUGGUUUUCCUGUACCAAAAGUAGUGUUGUACCCAGAGGAGAACGUCAAGUUGGAAUGGCGGAAGAUUCAGAGGAUAGGUGCUGGCCUGGUCAACAUGGGCAACACUUGCUUUCUUAAUUCUACACUACAAUGUCUGACAUACACAGCACCACUGGUUAAUUACUGCAUGAGUGAUGAGCACAAUUCUUCAUGCAAACAAGCAGGAUUUUGCAUGAUGUGUGAGUUACAGAGGCACAUCAAAAGAUGCUAUGAGAAUUAUGGAAAUGCUAUUAAACCACAGUCAAUUCUUCAAAAGCUUAGAUUGAUUGCCAAACACAUGCAUUGGGGAAGACAAGAAGAUGCCCAUGAGUUUCUACGUUAUCUGGUGGAAGCCUUACAGAAGUCCUGUCAUAACAAUCUAAAUGGAUAUGCUAAGUUGGACAAAUUUAGCAAAGAAACAACAGUAGUUAAUCAGAUAUUUGGAGGAUUUCUAAGAAGCCAGGUGCAAUGUUUGAAGUGUAAAGAGAGAUCCAAUACAUUUGAUCCCCUUCUGGACAUUAGUUUAGAUAUCAAGAAUGUACCAACACUAGAGAAAGCUUUUGAGAAGUACGUGCAUCCCGAGAUGUUAGACAAUGACAACGCUUACAUGUGUACCAAGUGUAAACAGAAGGUGCCAGCUCAGAAAAGGUUCUCUGUUCAUAAACCUCCAAAUGUAUUAACAAUAUCCUUUAAAAGGUUUGAUUUCCAUAGAAUGAUGGGUAAAAUUACCAGACAUGUCAACUUCCCAGAAAAGUUAAACAUCAGACCUUACAUGAGUAUAAGACAGGGUGAACCUGUUCAGUAUAGUCUGUAUGCUGUGUUAGUACACUCAGGAGUACAUUGUAAUUCUGGUCAUUACUACUGCUAUGUAAAGUCUCCAAGUCAAGUAUGGUACUGCAUGAAUGAUUCAAUGGUUACCCAGGUCAGUGCUUCUAGAGUCUUAUCUUCUGAAGCUUAUCUGUUGUUUUACAGUAAAGUUAAACCAUCUGCACAGAAACAAAAGCCACAUCUUAUUGGACCAGUUCAACCCAAUAACCACAUUAACAACAAAUUCACCACAGCUGUAAAUGGAAUAAAAGUUCAUCACAGCAAUGAUGUUGGAAUGCUUGUACAGAGGAAAUCAACUCCAGUCAUUAAACCCCAUACUAGUGCUUCUUCAUCUAUAUCUCACAUAAGUCAUGACACAAAAAGACCACCAGCCUCCACACCCCUCCCUGCAAACAGGGAAAAAGUAGCCUUUGGAAUCAGGCCCAAACAAAUGAUUAAACCACAUGAUGAAAAUCCAAAGGAAAAACCAAGAAUUGUUAUGCAGAUUAAAAAUGGUAAAGUGACAACUUAUGAAAAAUCUCCCAAUGGAAAGUCAAAGUUGGUUCCCUAUGACGGUGAUAGUGAUUCUGAGGAAGAAACUAGUCAAACUAAAAUGAAUGGUCCUUCAGCAAAAGUACAGAUGGAUAAAAUGAAAGUAGACAAUGAAAGUUCUACAAAACAUAGAAAUGGAAAUGGUGUCAUCUUUGAUCAGAAACUGAAUGCAACGACUUCUGUCCCGGGAAAUCAGCAUUUGUUGGAAACGUCACAAAAAGAGAGCAGAACCAAUGGUGGGACGAAACAGAAAAAUAAUGGACAUUCACAAAAUAUAAAUACCAGCAGAGAUUUAAUGUCUGAUAAGAAAAGUUUGCUUGAAAUAUCUAGUUUGUCUUGUGUUACCAGCACCAAGAUUAAUGCAACAUCAAACUGGCAUGUUUUAAAUCAAGAUUUGAUCCUCAGUCCUUCGCGAGGCUCUAAUUCCAGUAAAGAAAGUAACAAUUCAACCACAGAAUGGCAGAUCAAGGAUUCUAAAGAUAUUCCUCAAUUUCCAAAAGUGCCAGAUUGCCAGCAUCCUGGAUGGAAGGUCACAGAUGGCUCCAAUCAGACAGACUCUAGAAAAGGUCAUAAGCAUGUAGCAGAAACAUUUAAGGAGUCAUUGGAAGAUGUCAAGGUUCAUGAUACUGUUUCAGAUGUGAGAUCGGACCAUAACUACCAGAUAUCUUCAAAAUCUUCAUCUGAAAAAGACAAUCUUAUCUCUUCGUCAAAUGCAGAUUCUUCAGAAGGUAGUAAGAAACAUAAAAAGAAGAAACGUAAGCAUGACAAAGAACAUGAGGAUAAUAAACAUCAGGAAUCUGUCAGCAGUUCUGACAUGGAAUCACAACGUAAGAAACAUAAAAAGAAGAAACAUAAACAUAAGAAAGACAGAGAAGAGGAAGAAAUAAGUGAAAAAAAGAGGAAAAGACAUAGGGAUGACGAAGAGAGAAAACAUAACCAUGACGACAGUAAGAAAAAGAAACUUGAUACAGAGUCAGACGAUAGUACAGAACUUGUCUGGGUAGAGAAAACAAAGGACUCCUUGACCAGUAAAACAAAAGACUCUGAGACUAGUAAAACAAGUGAGAGUGCUCCUGUACAGUCUUGGGACCAUCAUGUAAAAGAUGGAUAUAAGAGACAGAAGAAUGGAUCUCACAGUAAACCAACAUGGGACGGAAGUAAAAACUCCUCUGUAGCUGAGACUUUAGAGAAAACUGCAUCACUGCACAGCUUUGGUCCCUCAGUUUUAUCUUGGGAUGGAGGAAAGAGCAACUUAGACAGAGAAGUGGAGAAGGAUAAAGAGAGAAAGAGACAUUGGUCUGAUGAUGAUUAUGAUGAUGAAAUAGACACAGGGAAGGUUAAAAAGGUGAAGCAACAUUACUCGGACACAGCUUUACUUGGAUCCAAUGUAUUUACAUAUGUACAGAAUGAAAAGAAUAAAGAUAAGCAUUUUGGUGGAAACCAUGGCGUUGGUCAGUCUCAUUCUUACCACAAUCAUCAACAUCAUAACUCAGGUCACAAAGGUCAUCACAACAGUUACCGUGGAAACAAUGGUCAUAGAAACUACAGGAAUCACAACUCUGGCCAGAAGUAUUAAAGUGCUGCUGAAGAAUCAUCAGGGAACCAGUCUACAACCAGACAGCUAUACCCAUGUUUUGUGUGUAAUCAGGUCACAUGAUUUUUGUCCAUGUUGAUCUCAAUGCCAUUUCAUUUUGUGUAAAAGUCGCAGUUAUGAAGAUGUGUGUAUAAUCGAAACAAUUGUGCAACUUAUGCUAUAAUACAUGCAUUUAUAUGCGAACUUAUAUAUUUUUAACAAAAUUCUAGCAGCUUUUUUUUCAAUAAAAAAACUUUACAAAUUAAUAAAGGUUAUAUUUUAAUAUGCAAGUACCAACUGUUUUGAAUGUUUAUGUUAAUUUUUCCUGAAAUGGCUGUCAUCUGUUUCUGACAUGGAUUUCCCAGCUUGUUUAGAAUCAUUUGAUGUUUUGUUAGUAGUACUGUUAUUUAAGCACUUAAAAAACUGAGGAAAUAUACUUCUAGAUUCUCUUCAUGAAUUAUAUUCAGCAGCAUCUGAUCUAUACUGUCUACUGAAUGAUUCUGUGUAGCAGUCAACAAAAAUAGUUUCAAACUUGUUAUAUAUUUUUAAAGAAUACUUAAUGGUAAACAUAUACAUGUUAUUAUUGAAAAAGAAAAAAAUAAGGACGUUGUCAACAUUAUUUAGGAUAAAGAGGUGGUUGGCAUAUAUGUUGUUAUGACCCUGGUUGUAAAAGUUUCUAUGUAAAGAGUUAUAUUAUUAGCAAACAGUCAGAAAAUAUAUUCUGUUUUUAGUAGUAUGUGCUUUUGACAAUAUUUGAAGUGCAAUAGCUGUAAUUAUUGACUGCCACUGUACUUAAAAUAAUAAUUAAUAAUGAAGAAAAAAAAAAUUAAAACAUAUGAUCAUGAGUAUUCCAUUUGACUUUAAUGGAAAAGAGCUGUUUUUACAUUUCUGCACUGUUUAUCUUGAAUGUUUGAUAUUUAAUUAGAAAUACAUUAAAAACAUGUCCUACUAUUAUUCACCUACAGUCAGAUUGCAAGAACUCUCUCCUCUGUUGUGUAACCUUUUUGACAAGAGCUACUUAAUUCCUUUGUUUAUUUGUUUAGAUAUAUUAUCAGGAAUGAUUAAAUUAAUAAAAGGAAUUGACUUUACCAUAAGAUUAUCAUUGUGUAAUAUAUUCCAUAUUUCCUUACUUCCAUUUUUUGUAAAUACAUACUAUGAUAAUAGGCUUAGGUAUGAACACAUGAAUUCUUGAUUAGAUUUGUGUUAAUAAUUUAUUCAUUUGCUUUUUCCCCAAUGACAUACAUCAACAAUGGUUAUGAUCAUUUUUCACCAUUCCCAUGUCCUGAAUAUGCUUGAAAUAUUUGUCACUGGACAAUUUACUAACCUUUUUAAGUACAGUGGUAAAAUACUUAAUUGUAUAAGGUUGAUAUAUACUAUUUUGGUUGAGUCUUUCAGUUUUAUGUUUGUUGUCUGUUUAAUCGUAGUGAGAGAGAGAGAGUUGUUUAUACUGGUAUUCCUUAUAUAAAUCCCUGUAAUGAUUGAAAGUGGUGAUGAGUCAGAAUGUUUGUACACAUUGGUGGAGAUCUUGGAAGUGUGAUGCAUUUUUUUUACAUAAAUUUUACCUUCAAUUUUGUAACUUUUUUUUCAAUAAAUCAAGAAUAUUAAAUUGUUUUCUGAUAUGAUGAA